CAGUUUGACAUUUCAGUCUUCUUGAUCUGUGCCAGCGUUCGGCUUGGACUUUACACCCAUCUUCCUCCUCUGGCUUAAUAUACAAAAUACGAGGAAAAGCAGGAGAAGAUAGGUGGGAGGCUUCAACAAAAUGCAAGUAGCUCCUUUCUCUACUUGCUUUUACUGUUCUAUCAUCUUUGUGUCAUUUGUGGGGGGCUUGUCUUAUGGAGCUGACUCCUUGAGUUCCGGCCAGUCUAUGAAAGAUGGAGAGACAUUGGUUUCUUCAGGCCAAAGCUUUGAGCUUGGCUUCUUCUCUCCUAGAAGUUCCGAGAACAGGUACUUGGGGAUAUGGUACAAGAUCACUCCUGAAACAGUAGUUUGGGUAGCUAAUAGAGACAACCCGCUAGCUGAUUUGAGUGGUGUUCUCACGUUUGGCCAUGAGGGUAAUCUAGUUCUUCUGAACCAAUCGAAGAGUGUUGUUUGGUCUUCAAAUUCGUCUGGGGUUCUAACCAAUCCUGUUGCACGGCUCCUGGAGUCUGGAAACCUUGUUCUUUGGGAUAACAUCAGUUCAAAUCCCAGUGACGCCUAUUCGUGGCAAAGCUUUGAUUACCCGUGCAACACGCUUUUGGCCGAUAUGAAACUGGGGUUGAACUUGAGAACCGGGUUUAAAUGGUAUCUGACCGCGUGGAAAAGCGUGGAUGACCCUUCCCCUAGCGACUACACCAGUACAUUAACCGAUCAAGGGCUGCCACAGAUUGUAAUAUUCAGGAAUGGUUCGACAAAGACAUAUCGUAGUGGCAUGUGGAAUGGAGUCCAGUUCAGCGGUCUCUCAGUGGCAGCGAAUUCCAUCUCGAGACAAAUGUUGGUUGACAACCAGACGGAUGUCUAUUUCGCUUAUCAAGCUCUGAAUGAUGGAAUUAUCACCAGAGUUAGUCUGAAUGAGUCCGGGUCAUUACAACGACUUGUGAGGCCGAAAGAAAGUGCUAGUUGGACUGUCAUGUACACGAUUCCCAGUGAUCCAUGUGACAACUACGGUUUAUGCGGAGCUAAUGGUUUCUGCAGAAGUAACAGAUACUCAAGAUGCGAGUGCUUGCAGGGUUUCACACCCAAGUCACCGGAAGAGUGGCAAAUGCUUUAUUUUUCUGGUGGCUGCAUGAGGAAGGUGCCCGUGAAUUGUUCUAAAGGAGAAGGGUUUUUCAAACUUUCAAGGGUGAAGCUACCUGAUCUGGUUGACUACUCGUUGAACGAGAGCAUGAGCCUCGAGGAAUGCAAGGUUGAGUGCUUAAAGAAUUGUUCUUGUACUGCUUUUGCUAAUUCAGAUAUUAGAGGAGGAGGGAGUGGGUGCCUCAUGUGGUUCGCGGAACUAAUUGAUGUUAGUGACUUCGAAGAUGCUUCUUAUGAGCAAGAUCUACAUAUACGUCUAUCAGCAUCAGAAUUAGAUUCCUUUCGUGAUACCGCCAAGAAGAGAAAGCUGGUCAUCACCACUGUAGCUUCAGCCAUAUCUGGAUUGCUAUUGCUGGGCAUUGCCCUUGGGAUUACAAUCUGGAAGAGAGGAAUGAAAAUAGGAGGCUUGAGGAAUGAAAUUGACUUACCACUUUUCGAUCUUGAUACCAUUACUGCUGCUACUAACAAUUUCUCUCCAAGAAAUUUGAUUGGAGCUGGAGGCUUUGGUUCAGUCUACAAGGGAAAUCUUUCCACAGACCAAGAGAUAGCAGUGAAAAGGUUGUCGAAGGAUUCUGGGCAAGGACUUGAAGAGUUUAGGAAUGAAGUAGCCUUGAUUGCCAAACUUCAACACAGGAAUCUCGUCAGCCUUCUUGGCUGCUGCAUUGACAGAGACGAAAGAAUGUUGAUUUACGAAUACAUGCCAAAUAAAAGCUUGAAUAACUUUAUCUUUGAUCACGACAAACGCUUCUCGUUGGCAUGGGAUAGGCGCUUUGAGAUUAUUAUUGGAAUUGGACGCGGAAUCCUUUAUCUCCACCAAGAUUCAAAGCUACAAGUCGUUCAUAGAGACCUUAAAACAAGCAACAUUUUACUGGAUGCCAACCUAAAUCCCAAAAUUUCCGAUUUCGGAUUAGCAAGAAUUUUUGGAGGUGAUGCAAAAGAAGCAAGAACAAGAAGAAUAAUCGGAACUUAUGGAUACAUGUCCCCAGAGUAUGCCUUUGAUGGAAAAUUCUCUGUUAAAUCUGAUGUGUUUAGCUUUGGAGUGCUCUUAUUGGAGAUAGUUAGUGGGAAAAGGAACAGAGGAUUCUACCAUCCAAGCCACCACCACAACCUUCUUGGACAUGCAUGGCUGCUUUGGAAUGAACGCAGGGCAUCGGAGCUUCUGGAUGAUUCUUUAGCUGACUCCUCCAUUAUAUCUCAAGUAGAGAGAUGCAUACAUGUGGGUUUGUUAUGUGUCCAAAAAUUUCCUGGUGAUAGGCCAUCAAUGUCUUCCGUGGUUUUCAUGUUAGCAAAUGAAGAAGCAAUAUUGCCACACCCUAAACCGCCCGGUUUCUUCAUGGAAAGAAGUCCAACAAACUCAGGUGCAACUUCACCGAGAGAACUCUAUACAGACAAUCUCAUCACCAUAACAAUGCCAGAAGGUCGAUAGAGAUACCAGUGAUUGGAAUGUUGUCCGGCUCCUUUCUCUCCCGAGUGGUUUUAGCAGGGAAAUUCUAGCACUUAAAUUCAGAACACAUAGGAUGGCACCUGAGGAUAUCAAUAGCCGCAGGGACGUCUUGGCACAAUGAGGUUUGUACCUGUCUGUGGCUGAGGAUAGAAUCUAAUGGGUUCUUAUAAGUUUAUGGACAGAUGAUAUCUAUCGCAAAUGUUUGAUCAAAAGACUUGAAGUUUUCAAGCAUCCCACUAGACCUGGCUUCAUUCAGUUGAGUGUUGAAAAUGUAGUACAUGAUAGUGUUAAUUAUUGGUACGAUCUUCCGAUGUGCGUAUUUCCAGCAUGUGCAGCAAAGGUAGAAGCAGACUGAGCCCCACAGAAUGAUAACGAUUAGAAAUUUUUCA